CCGGCGCCAUAAAACUUUUAUUUUCUGAGUAAAAAAAUAUUCUCAGAAUGAAUUAUUUUACUCAGCUAAGAAUUAGAACUUUUUUAUCCGCCAUAAAAAAAUAUUCUCAACGUUGAGAAUAUUCUCAGCUGAGAAUUUUUUAGAUUUUUUUUUCUCAGCUGAGAAUUUUUUUCUCGACGAUGUAAGCGGCAAACGGAACUCUUUCGUGUUUGAAAACCAGAAAAGAGUGCUAAAGUUCGCGAAAAUGCAGGUAAGAUUUGAUGAGAAAGUCGUCUGUCAAGGUAAGUUUUGUUGUCAUUAUGGCAGAAAAAAAUAAGAGAGGAGCAAAUUGGACCACUGAUGAAGAGCUAGCUCUGAUAUAUCAGGCAAAUCUGAGGGAGGAUUCCCUAUUUGGGAAGAUGAAAGGUUGUGGCGAUGUGAAAAUCGCCACUAUAAGGCAAAAUGCAUGGAAAGAGAUAUGUGACAUACUAAAUGCGUAGGUUCUCCAUAUUUUCCCAAUUUCUCAAACGUUUUCAGAAUGAGAAUGUCGGUUGUAUAAGAUUCUUCGUCGUUAUAUAUCUUGAACAGUAAAUGCGAAUGUUAUUGAUAAGGCCCCUCAUGUUGGUGUCCAAGUAGUCACAUAAUCAUAAAUGUUUUGCGCGUAUAAUCCGAUAACUAUAACUUACUUACUUAGCACCUUAGGGAACGAUAAUUUAACUUAAAAAAAUGGAAUGGGUUAUGUUUUUUUCAUUAAAUAUUAUUCUGAUCCCCAAUUUGAUGGAAAAAAAUGUCAAGUGUGAAAUCUUGAAAAAUAUUAUUUGAUUGUUGAUUGAUAACAAGAUCUAAAGCAUUUUGAAAAACUGCUCACACUAUGCAAAAAAAAAAUUCUGACUCAAACAAAAAAAAAAAACAUACCCCCUUUGAAGUUAAUUGGUUGUUCCCUUAUUAUAUAUAAAAAAAUAUACAUGUACAUGUAGUUUCUUGGAAAACUACAUGUAAUUACCUCAACAAAGCUCCAUUGCUACAGAUAUGUACUUAGAUUAGCUACUGCUUUGAAUAAACAGAGGCUGUCUAGGAUCGUAAUGAUGAAAAAAAAAUCAUUUAAUAUAUCCACCAAAGGUUUACCUGUACUAUCUUUUCUGUCCAGGAAGAAAUAAUAUUAAAAACGUGGAUCACACACAUAGCAAAUUAAUUAAUAGUGUACACCAAAUUUUUGAUUUUUUUUUAAAUAGACCGAAAGAGUAUUAGUCGUUCUUUAUAGUUGAAAUUUGGAGUAUGUAUAUUAAAUGAGUAAAUCAUGAAUUAAACGGUUCAUGAUGUCACAAAAACAUGACAAAAUUAUGUCUAUGAGCUACAUGUAAUACACAAAAGACUUUCAGACAACAUGAAUACAGUGUUACAUGUACAUCCAAAAUUAAUUUAUAAAGAAAUAAACUUUAAGUAUCAGAGUUCAUUUUCCUAUUAUUCAUUAACAUUUUGCUUUUUAUUUCUUAUGCAGAAGAUUUACAGUUCGUAAAAGAACAUCUGACGAAGUAAAGAAGAAGUACUAUAACUUAAAACAAAGAAGUAAAGAAAAAUAUGACCUGCAAAAGAGACCAAAAACAGGAGGAGGUCCUGCUGCCAAAACCACCCAGGCAGAGGAACUCCUCAUCAGUCAUAUGCUGGAAGAUAUCCAUACGCAGCUGACUGGUUUGCCAGAGGGUGUAGACACUGAUAUAAUUGCAUCCCAACCUGAAUCUUCUGGAUCCUGGAUGACAAGACAGAAGGAGGCUCUUGAUCUCUACAAAGAACUAUCAGAAAGAAAUUUGGUGACAACAGCCAAGAAAAUGGCAGUAAAAAUAGAAAAUUUUUUGAACACUCACACAGUUGUAACACCAGUCCCUAGAGCUAAUGACUUUCACAUUAUGGAAAGUUUAAAAGGAAUUUCUCAGAGUGAAGUGGACCAAGAUGAGUCUGAAAGUGAUUUAUUGGUGAACUACCUAUGUCAAACAUACAGUUGCCUUAGAGAUUUAAAAAAACCUGAUUUACCUUCUUUGAUCAAUGACUUGGUGAUAUUUAUAAAAGAAAACACAUAUAAAGAAUUUACACCAAAUGAGGAGCUUGAUGGACAGGCUGAAGCUGACAAAGAACCUACAUGUACUGUAACAAAUGUAGUGGAAGAACAGGGACAAAAUGGUGAAAAGACAAGUACACCAAGAUCUAACCCAAAAGGAAACAUAAAAAGAGGAAGAAGGACUUUGGCAGAGUUAGAAGAGGAAAACUUACUUUUGGAUAACGAACGGUUACGUGAAGAAACCAAGAGAAUAAAACUAGAACAAGAAAAUUUGAAAUUAGCAAAAGAAGUUUAUAUUUUGAAAAAACAAUGUUUAAUAUGUAAACUGCAGUCUGAGUUUCCUGAUUGUGUACAAAUUUUAGAUGAACCAUAAUUACAACAUGUUUAUUACUGUAAAUCUGGAUAUUUUGGUGUUCAAUUCUACAUAACUUAAAAUUAUUACUAUUUUUCACUCAAACACAUGUAUAAUACUUGGUAAAUAUUGUUUAACACUGUAACCUUUUUGUCACCUUGACAUAAAUCCAUAUCAUUCAAAUGUAACCAACUGUAUAUUUUAGAACUUUUGUAUCCUGGCCCUUUUUCAAAUUUUAGAUAAGUGGUGGCUAUAAAUAUGUUGCAUAAUGCUAGGCUAAUCAAAUCUUUGUGUAAGAGAUCCCUUUUUUUUAAUAUACUAAUUUGUUAAUUCAAAUAAGACCAAAAAUGUAUUUUUACCUGUCGGACAUGAAUUAGGAAAAUUCCAUGUUAGUAUUAUCUACAAAUAUUAUAAACACAUAAAAAAAAAAGAUUAACUAUCAUAUUAGGAAUUCUUAACUGACUUAAAUAUUAUCUUCUUAGUGAUCAAAAGUUAUAUUAACCAUGAAUGAGAAUGUGAAAUUGGUAAUCUAGUAGGAUGUCUACAAAUAACAAAGUUUACUCAAAAAAAUUGUCUUGCAAUGUCAUUUCUCUUUGCGGUGCCAUCAAAGGUUGGGUUCAUAUUAAUGUCACCCCUACAAUCUCCAAUAGCAAUUUCCUCAAUAUUGUUAUUUAUUAUUAUAUCAUUGUGGUUAAUUCCUAUAUCAUGUAAAAUAACACAGGAUGUUAUAUAUUUUACAGACUG